AUGCCAGCUCGGAGUCGGAUUUUCGGUCCCCAGUCUAGAUGGCUUCAGAAUUCGCAAAUACGAUGGCGAGAGACAACAUCGCGCACAUCUACCUUCGUCGAGACGAACCUGGGGAUGCUUUUGAUCAUACUUGCCCAAUUCUUCUUUGUAUGCAUGAACCUUGGCGUCAAGCAGCUGAACAGCCUCGAUGUGCCGAUGCACACCCUUGAGCUAUUCGAAACUUAUCAGGCCAUCACCUUUGUUUGCUGUGUGUUAUACAUGCACGUUAUUCCAGAUCCUUUCCUUGGUCCCAAAGGCGUGAGGCUGUUGCUGAUGAACAGAGGCCUCUGCGGUUUCUUUGGUCUUUUCGGGAUGUAUUAUUCCCUGCAGUACCUGUCAUUAGCAGAUGCGACGGUGCUGAGCUUUCUUCUGCCACUGUCAGCAGCAAUAGGUGGAUACUGUGUUUUAAAGGAGCCUUAUUCGAAACGUGAAGCAGUUGCAGCUAUCGUAAGCUUGCUUGGUGUCAUGUUAAUUGCUCGACCACCUUUUCUGUUUGGCAAUUCUUCCAGUACGAAUUUGGGCAGUAGUGAUGCGGCUUCUAGAGCUACCCCGACAGACAGGAUACGAGCUGUCUGCGUCGCUCUUAUUGGAAUUGUCUUAGGGACUGGUGCCUUGUUGUCAAUGCGUGCGAUAGGCAGACGCGCUCAUCCGAUGCAUCUUAUGACGUUUUUCUCUGUAUGGUGCACAAUCGUCGCUUCUUCUGCAAUGUACUUCAUGAAUAUCCCGAUUGUUUACCCUCACAAAUGGCAAUGGGCUGCCAUGCUGAUUUUCAUCGGACUUUCUGGUUUUUUCGCGCAGACUUUAACUACGAUCGGCUAUCAACGUGAGACAGCAGCCCGCGGCUCUAUGGGACAAUAUGUACAGCUCUUAUUCGCUGGAGUCCUGGAAUACGUACUUUUCGGCACUGUUCCUUCGACGCUAUCACUCAUUGGAGCCGCCAUUAUCAUGGCGUCGGCUAUAUACGUUAUUGUCUCAAAAAAGAGCUCGCCGAAGGAACCUGAGGCGAUUGGCCUCAGAGAGCCGAACUCCGCUAUGGAGGAAGGCCUGUUGUGUACUGAAUCGCUAGACAGGACAAUCAAACUUGAAGACACGAGCUCAAGCAGUAUGACAGAACAUGGCGAGAACUUAAAGGAAAAGCCGCCAUCUUCGUGA